AUGGCCAAAUCGCGGUUUGAAUAUGUUCGGCAGUUCGAAGCCCACGACACUAUACUCCCCGAGACAUACAUUGUUGUAAGGGUCGACGGCAAGAAGUUCCACGAGUUUUCCAAACACUACCAUUUCGAAAAGCCCAAUGACGCGCGCGCUCUAAAACUCAUGAACGCCAGCGCCAAAAACGUGGUGUUGAAGUACCGCAACGAUGUCAUAUGUGCAUUCGGCGAGAGUGACGAGUAUUCGUUUAUUUUGCGUAAAAACUCGACCCUUUUCAAAAGACGACAGGACAAAUUGAGCACGCUAUUCGUGUCGCUGUUCACAGCCAACUAUGUAGCGCUGUGGUCCAAGUUCUUUCCCGAUGUAGCGCUGGACUACAAGAAUCUACCCUUUUUUGACUCCCGGUGCGUGUGCUACCCUAAUCUUACCACCAUAAAAGACUACCUUUGCUGGAGAUUCGUUGACACACAUAUCAAUAAUCUGUACAACACGGUUUUUUGGCAGUUGAUAGUAAAGUGUGGUCUCAGCCCGCAGGAAUCGGAACAGAAGCUGUGUGGCACCUUGAGUGCGGACAAACAGGAAAUUUUAUUUACAGAGUGCGGUAUAAAUUACAACAAUGAACCCGAAAUGUUCAAGAAAGGAUCUACCAUCAACAACAAGGGCGAAAUUUCGCACAUCGACGUCGUCAAGCAGAUUGAUGCGUUGUUUGAAAGCUUUUAA